UGCAGCUUAGAAAAAUCGUGACGACGAGGAGAGCGGGGAGUGACGGGUGCCUUGUUUGUUUCUGUUCGCGAGUUGCGUAAGGCAUUGAGCGGUGUCAUAUGGUCCGCUGAAUCUGGAGAUUACCGUGAAUAAUCAGCGGAUGUCUGAUGUGUUGGUGUGAUGGCUCCUCAACAUUCCGUUUUCGACUGUAGCGCGGCCACUCGGUAAUAGAUUGGAUGCAUUCUUCCCUGCUUUAUGUAGGAAGAAAACCGAAAUUUGUCUGCAUCUGCUUUUGACAGCUGUGAGGGAUGGGCAUGUGAGUUUCAGUUGAAGAUGGGGAGUAGUCGUGUCUUCAAUGCAUACAGCGUGUGGGCGGUGCUGGCGGUGCCGCUGGUGGCGGCGGCCGUCGGCUCGUCCGUCAGCUGUCCGGACCGGUGUGCCUGUAUGGCCGCCUCGGCCACCGUCGUCUGCAGCGACUGGCCGUUGCAGCGGCCGCUGCUGCUGCACGCAGCGCCCGGCACGCGCCUGGUGCUGCGCAACAGCAGCGGCACUGUGCCCGACGACUUCUUCGCCAACGUGACGGGCGUGCAGGCGCUGGAACUGGUGGGCGGCGCCGGACUGCGGCUGGGCGCGCGCAGCCUGGCAGGCCUGCACGCCGUGCGCCGCCUCGCCGUCGUCGACUCCGACCUGGCUGAGCUGGCGCCGCACGUGCUGGCGCUGCUGCCGCGCCUCGAGUCGCUUGACCUGUCGCGCAACCGACUGUCGCGCCUUUAUCAUCACCAGUUCACCUAUAACACGCACCUGCGCCGGCUCCGGCUCGUCGACAACUGGCUGGCCGGCGGUGUGCACGCGGAUGCGUUCGAGGGUGCCGAGCGGCUGCGCGAGCUGGAGUUGCGCGGCUGCGCGCUGCGCCGCGCCCCCGGCGCGUGGUUCCGUCACAUGCCCGCGCUCGAGACGCUCGACCUCAGCCACAACCGGCUGUCAAGCGUGCGCGUGGCCGACACGCGCUCGUGGCGCGCGCUGCGCACGCUCGACCUCAGCGGCAACGGCAUCGCGCACGUGGAGCCGGGCGCGUUCAACGCGACGGCGAACCUGACGCGGCUCGACCUGUCGCGCAAUUAUAUCAGCCGUCUGGUGGGAUCGGGUCUGGAGGCCAGCUGGCUCAGCAUCAGCAACAACUCGUUCACGGUGGCGAACCGCUCGUACCUCGAGCUGCCGACCCGUCUGCGGGAGCUGCAGCUCUCCGACUGUGCACGACUGGAGCACGUGGGCCGGAACCUGCUGCAGCGCGCGCCGCUCCUGGAGCGCCUCACCAUCAGCCGCAACGAGCGUCUAGUGGAGAUAGAGCAUGGCACCUUUAGGCAUCUGGACCUGCUGCGGGACGUCGACCUCGGUCAGAACGCGCUGCAGAAGCUGCCGCGCGGCCUGGCCGCGCUCACUCUCGACCGGCUCGAGGUCGGCGGCAACAACUUCAGCUGCGACUGCAGCCUGCAGUGGUACGUGCGGCGCCCGCCGCCCGCCACCGCCACCGCCGCGGACGCCGUCCGCUGCCGCAUGGGCGACUCGACGGUGCCGCUGUCCGAGGGUCUGGCGCACAUCUUGUGCCAUCCGGUCUCUGUGACGGCGCACCAGAGGCAGGCGUGGUCUCCGCACAACGGCACGGCGGUGCUGGCGUGCCAGCCGGCCGGCCAGCCCACGCCGGCGCUCACGUGGAUCACGCCGCAGCGGUACGUGUUCCACUGGAGCCCGGCCGGCUCGGCCUCGGGCGACGCGCGCCACCCGCCGCGCCACACGGCGACGCUGGCGGCGCACCACGAGCUCGACCAUUACACGGUGCUGCCGGACGGCCGGCUGCAGGUGUCGCCGGUGGCGGCGCGCCACCAGGGCCGCUACGUGUGCCUGGCCGAGAACGACGCCAGCGCGGCGGCCGCCAGCGUGUUCCUGACGGUCGGCGUCAGCAGUCUGCACGACGUGAAGAUGAUGGCGCUGCUGAUGGCGCUGACCGGCUGCCUGACCGCCAUCGCCUUCGCCAUCGUCGUCCGCCUCAGCCUGUACAUCUUCUGGAAGUGCGGUUGCUGCAUCUGCUGCACGGACGAGCUGCCGCCGCGCGCCAAGCGUAUCAAAGGCAUGCUGGACUCGGUGGAGCAGUGGCGCGCGCUGCAGCUGGCCGGCCUGCGCGAAAACUACAACCAGCAGGUGGCCGGCAUCAAGGACAGCUGCUACCAGCAGGUGGAGCGCAUCCGCGAGACGUACAAGGGCCAGGCGCGCUACCUGGGCGACAUGCGCGACUACGGCGCGCAGCAGAUCGAGGGAUUCCGCGACCAGUACCUGGACCAGGUGCGGCCGGGUGCGCGACUACUCCCUGAGCCAGAUGAACCGGGUGCACGAGAACUACAUCUUCCAGCAGAACCGCAUCCGCAAGUUCAGCGCACAUCAGCGCGUGCGCCUGCGCGAGACCUACAAGUAUCAACAGAAGACGCUGAACAAGAUCCUGGAGAACCUUCCCGACCUCUACCUGCAGAACUGUCGCACCGGCACCUGCCAGCGCACCGAGAGCAUGAUGCUGCCCGGCGACCAGUUCUACUGCGACGCUGACGUCGAGUGGUCGGCCGAGCAGCUGGCCGGCAUGGCCGAGCUGUGUCCGCCGGACUGCGAGCCGGUGGAGCUGGCGCCGCCGCUCGUCACGCUGGAGCCGCCGGCCGCUGACGCAGACGAGCAGGAGCAGGAGCAGG